CGGAUAUCAGGAUAUGGGACGUGUGUUAGUUUCGACAAAAUAAGACAAGUGAAUACAAGAUUCAAUUCGAGCAAACAGAAGACUAGGAGGAACACGACAGUAUUUACACCAUUUGUAGAGUACAUAACUACAGGAUGAUAUGGCGUGUGAAAUGUUGGAUGUUUCUUGGACAUAAAAUGACCCUGCUAUCAUUGCUUAUUGCAACAUGGAUACAUGUCAGAUUGGCCUGCAAUCCCGACUUCUGUAUAUCCAGAGCACAUGGCGAGUACUUCUGUGACACGGCAGAUAGUGCUUCCUACUACCGCUGUGAUAACGGUAUCACCUGGCACUUCACCUGUGGCCUUGGCACUGUUUAUGACGGCAGUAUAUGUAAUCUCCCUCCUACCGCAUGCAUAACAAACCCUGUGCCCGAUCCAUCCUCGGGCGAGGUCGUCAACGGCAUCUGUGUAGCUACUGCAGGGUCGAGCACAGGAACAACCGGAAGUACAGGAAGUAUGGUAUCCCCGGAAACAACCGGAACUGCAGCGCCACCAAACUGUGGAUAUGGCAUAUUGUGGCACUUGUACAGAAGGUAUCUAAAUAUGAAGAGUGCAUGUGCAGUUUUGAAGGAGUUCCCCGUGGCCACGCCCAUAUCAUGUGCGUCUAAAUGUACGAUGUCGGGAACCUGUACGGGGUUCAAUCUGUAUACACAACCCAAUAACUUGACCCGCACUCUACGAUAUGUGUGUCAACUCGUAGCCUGUCCGGGUGACCAUUUGCUAUCUUUCGCAACAGAAGAUGCCUUUUAUGACCAAAUAUAG